AUUGAUUCAAGCGUACGGUGCUGCUUCUUCAGUUCAGUCGCCGGCACUGAAUUGUGAUCUGUAGACACCAACGUCGGGGAAGUGUCACCAUUUGGAAUCUUUUGCACAAUGGAGUCCUACUCAAUCUGUUUACCCACCCAGCACCAAAUAAAUCAUAAAAGAAACUAGCACAUACUGAGAGGGUUGCAAUAACCUCUGCUCUUACCACCUGUUCCCACCCCGGUUUAUCUGUGAGCCAAUCACAGAUAAACCCCCCCAGUGCUUACAUUUUCAUUUCCCUUAUCUUCUUGAAGAAGACAGAAAGCCCCCUCCAAAAUCCAAGCAAACCUCAAUUUAGUGUCAAUUCCUAUACAUUUUUCUAAAGGUAAAUCUUACAAUUUAGAUAUGACGACUCCAGCUACUGCAAUACUGGCCACUGCUGUGGUUGUGGUUGGCCAGUCUCCCAUGUCCGACUACCUCUGGCUGCUGAUUUUGGGCUUCAUUAUCGCCUUCAUCCUGGCGUUCUCCGUGGGGGCCAACGACGUGGCCAACUCCUUCGGCACGGCGGUGGGCUCGGGCGUGGUGACGCUGCGGCAGGCCUGCAUCCUGGCCACCAUCUUCGAGACGGUGGGCUCCGUGCUGCUGGGGUCGAAGGUCAGCGAGACCAUCCGGAAGGGUAUCAUCGACGUCAGCAUGUACAACGGCUCAGAGCUAAUGGCCGGCUCAGUCAGCGCCAUGUUCGGUUCGGCUGUGUGGCAGCUGAUGGCUUCGUUUUUGAAGCUCCCCAUCUCCGGCACCCACUGCAUUGUGGGCGCCACCAUCGGUUUCUCCUUGGUGGCCAAAGGUACACGAGGGGUCAACUGGAUGGAGCUGCUCAGCAUUGUUGGUUCCUGGUUCCUGUCUCCCAUUCUCUCUGGCAUCAUGUCCGCCAUCCUCUUCUCCUUUGUCCGUGUGUUCAUCCUGGUGAAGGAGGACCCUGUGCCCAAUGGCUUAAAGGCCCUGCCUGUCUUCUAUGCAGUUACCAUGGCAAUCAACCUUUUCUCCAUCUUGUUCACAGGAGGUCCAGCGCUGGGGUUGCCUGCAGUGCCUUGGUGGGUGACGCUCCUCAUAUCGCUGGCCUGCGCCGGCCUAACAGCCCUCAUCGUCUGGCUGGCCGUCUGCCCGUACCUCAAGAGAAAGAUCGACCGUGAUAUCAAAGCCAGCCCCUCCGAGAGCCCGCUGAUGGAGAAAAGAGACCCCGAGGGCCUGUGCCUGACCCCGGUCCCUGAGGAACCUCCCAAACCCCCCUCCCCCUCCCCGGAGCCCCCCGCCCUGCCCCCUCCCGCGGAGGAGCGCCGAGUCACCAUCUCCAUCGGGGGCGGGGACGACGGGGACGACGGAGACGACAAGGAGGCCAAGGACUCGGACUGCGUCAACAACAACAUCCAGAACGGCAGUCCGCACGUGCAGUUCAGCACGGGCCCGGCUCACAUGCCCAGCAGCGGGUACAGCCAGUACCACACGGUGCACAAGGACUCGGGCCUGUACAAGGACCUCCUGCACAAACUGCACCUGGCCAAGGUGGGCGACUGCAUGGGCGAGUCGGGCGACCGGCCGAUCCGCCGGAACAACAGCUACACCUCCUACACCAUGGCCAUCUGCGGCAUCCACGCGCACGGGGAGCUCCGGCCCCGAGACACGGAGCCGCGGCCGGCCCUGGAGGAGCUGGAGGGCCUGGGCAAGGCCCAGCUGGAGCGGCGGCGCGUGCGCAUCGACAGCUACACCAGCUACUGCAACUCCAUGGCGGAGAAGGGCGCCAGCGAGGGCCUGGGUCUGGCGGAGGACGAGGUGGCGCUGGAGGUCCGGAGCGGGACGGGAGGGGCGGGGGCCGGCGGGGAGCCGGCGCGGGGGUCGCCCGAGGACGACGGGGCCCCCGAGGACCGGCCCGAGGUGUCGCUGCUCUUCCAGUUCCUGCAGAUCCUCACCGCCUGCUUCGGCUCCUUCGCCCACGGGGGCAACGACGUCAGUAACGCGAUUGGCCCACUGAUUGCCAUCUGGUUGGUGUACGAGACGGGAGAGGUGGUGGGCGCCGACACGCCGAUCUGGCUGCUGCUGUACGGGGGCGUGGGCAUCUGCGCCGGGCUCUGGGUCUGGGGCCGCAGGGUCAUCCAGACCAUGGGCCGUGACCUCACCCCCAUCACCCCCUCCAGUGGCUUCAGCAUCGAGUUGGCGUCCGCGGUGACCGUGGUGGUGGCCUCUAACAUCGGCCUUCCCGUCAGCACCACCCACUGCAAGGUGGGCUCUGUGGUGGCUGUGGGCUGGCUGCGCUCCAGGAAAGCGGUGGACUGGCACCUGUUCCGGAACAUCUUCAUGGCCUGGUUCGUGACCGUGCCCAUCUCCGGCCUCAUCAGCGCCGCCAUCAUGGCCCUCUUCAUCCACGUCAUCCUCUGAGGUCCGCCACGCACCCAGGGGACCGGUCCGAGCCGGCGCUGAAACCCACCACCCCGGGGCUCUCCACAUAUCCUCAUCAGGAGGGAUCUACCGGUGGCAAACAUGGAGGGAGACUAGCAUUCCUCUUGCUGGCUGUAUUUGUAAAAAAAAAACUUUAAAAAAACCUGUUUGCUUUUUCUGUUAGUCUGGCUAGUUCGUUCUGUAUGUUUGUUAUCUGCUGUAUAUUGCCAGUUGGCACCCUGCUCUUAUUAGGCUAGCAUGUAGUGACUUAAUUUUUCUUUUGAAUUUUUUUUGUAAUUAUGUACAUACAACUAAGUUCUUGGUUUUAUUUUAUACACAUAACAAGUUUGAAAAAAGAGCAAUAACAAUGCAAUAUUUAGCAUUUUUUUUUAUUUGUAACUCGCUAAUACCUAGGAAAAGCAGUAUUUUUUUAGGUGCCUAGUGAGCUAGUAAGGGCAUAUAUUGGCGUAGUCGUGUGUGUGCUGGGUUUGAUUGAGUGUGCGUUUGAUCGAGAGUGCGAGUGAGUGCCCGAGUGUGUUUGUAUCGCUAGACAUGCGUGGAGCGUGUGCUGAAUUUGGUUAUCAAUCGUACAUUUUCAGAUGUUUCACCGACAGGUAGUGGGGCAGGCCUCCCUCCCUGUUACCUAGUAUUUCUUUGAGGUGAAUGAUUAUCGGUGUGCUGUCGGAGGCCGAACACAUCCCAUCAGUCCUCAAAUCGUGCAUCUGCACUGUACGCGGCCUGUUUUAAAAACCAAAAGAGUAAGCACCAUUUCAUGAUUGUAAAUUAAAUUGUUGCAAGUAUUGCCCUCAAUCCUCUUAAUAUCACAGUUUCAAGUACUGUAUCUUCACGAUGUACUACGCACAUGCUACUGGGAUUUCCCAGGCUAGUCGACGGUAUGAAUAUUAAUAUUAGAGACGCUGAGUCCCCAGUAAAUUAUUUUAUUUUAUUUUUUUGUAUUUACUUAUCGUGUUGCAUAUAAUAACCGCUUCCCCAUGCGACACUGGGAUAAUAAAAUGGAGACAAAACAUUAGUUCUAUUGAUUUUUUUUUUAACAGAAACCGGAGAAGGGCUCUCCACCAAUGGAGCAAAUCCAGCAGUAACUGGAAGACACCUUCUGGUUGUACUCCCCUUAGGGAUCAAGGGCUCCCAGAAGUAUAGCCACCAGCCAUCGUCAGGGUUAUUCUGUUUUCUCACCAAUGCACUCUGCGAUUGGUGGAGCUCCUGUCCGGUUUGUGUGCAAAAAAAAAAGUGGCCACAUCGUUGUCCGACACAUUUUAUUAUUCCUGGUUGGAUGGGUAGGGCCUGUCUUUUCAAAGCCACCAGACGGCGAAAUGCAUUUGUUGCCAUAAACCCCCAUUCUCUCAGUCAGUGUCUAUUGUUCGGCCAUCACAAAGGAAAGAUCUCAUGCCCCUGAUAUUUGAAACUUCUACAGCUACCGUAUUACUGCUGUUAGCUGCCGCAUUUAGCGAGUGCCACUGUCUAACGAACAGCACAGGGAUUUUGAAAUGCACAGCUCAGUGGUUACGGUAUAUUUGAACCAAGUGGUUUUUUGGGUUUUUUUUUUUUUUUUUUUUUUUUUUAAUCAACUGGCUGUUUUUAAAAUACAAAUACAAUAUUAUCUAGAUAAUAGUAUGGCUGGUCUUGCUGUAGAACUGUAUUUAUUUAGCAGCUAUACACAUUUAAGCCUCAACAGUUCAGUAGCUUGGGUCUUGAAUUUUUCACCAGCAGUACACUAAUGCAACAGCACCUGAAAAAGAUUUUGUGAAAUGUUGACUGUCACAAAUGUGUUUUCAUAUAACUAAAGGAUCUUAUCUGCUUAAACAUUACAAGGAACAUACAGUGGUCAUCAUAUCAGACCUCAGUUUUGCAAAACCGGAGGUUACAUUUUUAACCUUCGGUUUUGUAAAAGGGGGGGGAUUAUUCCUAAAAGGUGUGUGAACAAGCAGCCGAAAGAACACCUGCACAUUACCUCCAGCAGUUCUGCAGGAGAAAUGAACAAUGUUCUUCUGUCAAAACAGGAAUACAUACAAUUCAUCAAUUUAGAAAUCUCCCAAUCGAUAUUAGACCUCCAUUACUAUUAUUAACUGUAUUCAUUUACUUGUUGAUUGUGUUUGGUGAGAAUGGGGAGUAGUCAUUUUUAGGUGAUUUUGAUCUAAGAACAAAAUUCAUUCACUCCUAGAGGAAGGCAUGGACAGAAAAAUUCAAGACCAAAGCUAUACGUGUAGGCUUCACUGAUGUUUAUAACGCUUUGCAAGCAUGAGACUUUAUCUGAUUAGUUAAAAGAAAAAUGUUACUGACAAUAUUGAGACAUUGGCAGGCUUUUCAGUUCAAGAGAACAAAAUGAAAUGCAAAAUAAUGGGGUUAAACCGUUUAAUUGUGAUGUAUAAUUCCGCCUUUUGAGUUCCGUUCACUUGAUUACACCAAAUUGUAGAUGCGUGAUAGUUCUGUGUUCUGCUGAAGUUCUCUGUAAGCCUGAUACUUGAAUUCAGUCGUCAUAUCCUGUUCUAGUACCUCGUGUGGGGGGGGAGGGGUGGAAUCCUCUUUGAGAGACCUGAUCGGCGAGCAUGUGUUGGGAAUUUGGUUAGAUGCAAAGGAAGAACACGCUCGCCCUUGCGGGUCCUGUUUGAAGUGUUCUUGUGCUGGGUAGAUUGGAUGCAAAUGCCAGUUGGUUCUACGGGGCCGGGGAAGACGUUGCUGCUGUGAAGCCACAAUCGGUGUUAUCUUGGCUGGGAUUCACUCGAGCAUUAGUCGCUGUAGAUGCCUUAUUAUCAUUAUUAUAUAUAUUUUUAGGUACCAAAGAACAGACUGGAGAGUGUUAGAUUUGUACCAAUAUACACAUACAAGUAAUCUCUUAUUUACUGGACUGAGAAAGGGGAAAGAAAAAUAGUGACGGAAGAAAAAUAAAAAAAACAAUUUGAACACCA